AUGAAGUCUACUGAAGAUAUCGAAUUGACCUUCGCCCAAGCGGAGCAGGGAGGGACUGGAAACGACUUCACAGCGACGACGACGUCGAGCAUUAAAGAUGACAACACGUUGAUGCGCCUAGGAAAGACGCCUGUGUUGAAGCGCACAUUCGGCUUCAUGGCGGUUCUCGGAUUUUCGUGCACGGUUUUGAUCACUUGGGAGGGGGCUCUAGUUGUCUUUACCUCAGCCCUUUUAAAUGGAGGUACCGCCGGCGUGAUCUGGUCGUUCCUAGUUGACUGGCUGGGAACAUUAUCAGUGUUUUCAGCCAUUGCUGAAAUAGCGUCGAUGGCUCCGGUGGCAGGCGGACAAUACCACUGGGUGGCAAUGAUGGCACCCCCGAAAUACCGCGCUUUCUUUUCGUACAUAACAGGCUGGGCCACCGUGUGUGGCUGGUUGGCUCUCUGCUCUUCCAAUUCCUACCUGAUUGCAGGACUCUUUGAAUACUUAAUAAUCAUCUUCAACCCUGACUACUCGCCACAGCCAUGGCAUACAGUGCUAUUCUACUGGUCCGUGUUGGCAUUCUCUUUAACCGUGAACGCCAUGUCAAGCAAAGCGCUCGCUCGCUUCGAAGGUACCAUCUUCAUCGUACAUCUGUUCGGAUUCUUCCUCGUGUUAGUACCCCUGGUUUAUUUUGGACCGAAGGGAGAUACGUCUAUCUUCACGACGUUCUUCAACGGCGGGGGCUGGCAAACGCAAGCGCUGUCUUUCUUCGUGGGCAUGCCAGGGUUAGGAUUUGCGCUUUUCGGCGCUGAUAGUACCGUACACAUGUCGGAGGAAAUUUGCAAUGCUGCCAUGGCGGUUCCCCAAUCACUUGUCUUCAGUCUUAUUAUCAACGGCAGCCUGGGGUUUAUCAUGAUGACCUGUACCAUGUACGUGAUUGGCGAUCUUGAUGCCAUUCUGACCGCGAUCGAAGCAGGCGAAAGCCCCGUUCUGCUUAUCUUCCAACAAGCUGUGCGUUCUCAAACUGGGGCCGUACUUAUGUACGUUAUCAUUCUAAUCAUGGCCUGUGCAUGCACAAUCGGUUGUUUUGCCUCUGCCUCUCGUAUGCUGUGGUCCUUCGCGCGUGACCGUGCUGUGCCGUUCUCUAGCUGGUUAAGCAAGCUCUCUCGUCAAUCAGUGCCUCUGCGUUCCCUAGCGCUGAAUUGCUUCAUAUCAAUGCUUCUAUCGUUGAUUUUACUGGGCUCUUCAGUGGGAUUCUCCGAUCUCGUCAAUCUGACCGUCGCCUGCCUCUAUUCCUCCUACCUGCUUGCAACUGGUUUCCUCCUCUGGACACGCUUGGCUGGUCGAAUUAGUCCCCAUGAUCCCGAUGCUCGUAUACGUCCGGGAAACCUUCACUGGGGGCCGUGGAAAAUUCCGGAGCCGUUCGGCUUGUUGAAUAACAUUUUUGCCUGCUCGUACCUCGUUCUCGUAUUUUUCUGGAGCUUCUGGCCGGCUGCCCGCGAGGUAACACCAUCAACCAUGAACUAUAACGUUCUAAUUUACGGAGUCAUGGUUAGCUUCGCAAUUAUUUGGUAUUUUGCACGUGCUAGACAUUAUUACACAGGGCCCAUUGUCGAAACAGCCAUGUAG